AUGGAUGCUAAACUGGCUGCGUGUUUAGGCUACUCUGUCAGAUUGGCAACACGAUGUGGAUAUAUGGAGCUCCUACCACAUCUUCAACAGGCUUUGUUUGCACUUGUUUCCUGUGAUGCACAUGUUGAUUCGGCGGCAGUCCCCCAAGAAUCCCGCAGGCGAAGAACAAUCUCUUUGUUUCAGGCUCUUCAUCCUGAUGGCAGUGAUGUACCAAAUGCUCAAUAUGCUCAGGAGGUGAAACUCGUUGACGCCCCGCAGCGACUCCUUGCAGAUGCGGAGGCGCAGACAUGUGAGGACAUCAUUUCUGCAGGUGAGUGCACCAUGAUUGUGGACAAGAUUAUGGAUCAAGCGAAGGCAUCUGCGGUGGCACUUGAAGAACGCUUGCGCCAACUGGAGGCCGACACAUCGGAUCACUUCUUGCCCACGGCCAGCUCCAUUGAUUCACCUGGCACUGCGGCGUGUUCUUCAGUUCCUCAUGGCCUGACGAUGGCAUGUGACGUUCACAGGCCACAAGCCUCACGAUGCCCAGGCGUGCGUGCUAGGAUUCCUGACCAUGACCUUGCGAGUUUGAAAGCCCAACACAUCGAGCUCCGCCGAGCAAUGAAAGCACAGCGAAGACUGGAACGACAAGCCCGUGAACAGCAAGGGCUGCCUAGUCACAGCUUGAACUUGUGA